AGAGGAUGUGCUGAAUGGUGCACUUGGAGGCGGCGGCGGCUAAGGAGCAGUAUCCGGCGGCGGCUGGAAGCCUAGGCUGCCAAGCUCGGCUUCUCCUUACCCUCCGAGGCUCCGCAACCACCGCGGACGCCCGACCCCGCGUCCCGCCCGGGGCAUGGCAAGGCGACUGGCCCCCGCGUGCCCCGCUUGCUGAGCCGCGCCAGAGGAGGUGUGGAGGCCGGGAGGCCGGGGGAGGCCCGCGGGGGAACGGAGUCGAGAGCCUCUGGAGCAGAGAAAGCAGCCCGUGCCCAGCGCCCCGUCCCUGCCGCGAUCUCCCGGGCCGCCCGGAGCCCCGAUGAGCCCAGAUGGCCGGGGCUCAGCCCGGAGUGCACGCUUUGCAACUCAAGCCCGUGUGUGUGUCCGACAGCCUCAAGAAGGGCACCAAAUUCGUCAAGUGGGAUGAUGACUCUACGAUUGUCACUCCAAUUAUUUUGAGGUCUGACCCUCAGGGAUUUUUCUUUUACUGGACAGAUCAAAACAAGGAGACGGAGCUGUUAGAUCUCAGCCUUGUCAAGGAUGCCAGAUGUGGGAAACACGCCAAGGCUCCCAAGGACCCGAAAUUACGUGAACUUCUGGAUGUGGGGAACAUCGGACGUCUGGAACAUCGCAUGAUAACAGUGGUAUAUGGACCCGACUUAGUUAACAUCUCCUAUUUGAACCUUGUGGCUUUCCAAGAAGAAGUGGCCAAGGAAUGGACAAAUGAGGUUUUCAGUUUGGCAACAAACCUGCUGGCCCAGAACAUGUCCAGGGAUGCAUUUCUGGAAAAAGCCUACACUAAACUUAAGCUGCAAGUCACUCCAGAAGGGCGCAUUCCUCUCAAAAACAUAUACCGUAUGUUUUCAGCAGAUCGGAAACGAGUUGAGACUGCUUUAGAGGCUUGUAGUCUUCCAUCUUCAAGGAAUGAUUCAAUACCUCAAGAAGAUUUCACUCCAGAAGUAUACAGAGUUUUCCUGAACAACCUUUGCCCUCGACCUGAAAUUGAUAACAUCUUUUCCGAAUUUGGUGCCAAAAGCAAACCAUACCUUACCGUUGAUCAGAUGAUGGAUUUUAUCAAUCUUAAGCAGCGAGAUCCCCGGCUAAAUGAAAUACUUUACCCACCUUUAAAGCAAGAGCAAGUCCAAGUAUUGAUUGAGAAGUAUGAACCCAACAGUAGCCUCGCCAAAAAAGGACAGAUAUCAGUGGAUGGAUUUAUGCGGUAUCUGAGUGGAGAAGAAAAUGGAGUCGUUUCACCUGAGAAACUGGAUGUGAGCGAAGAUAUGUCUCAGCCGCUUUCUCACUAUUUCAUUAAUUCCUCGCACAACACCUACCUCACAGCUGGCCAGCUGGCUGGAAACUCCUCCGUUGAGAUGUAUCGUCAAGUACUCCUGUCUGGUUGUCGCUGUGUGGAGCUGGACUGCUGGAAAGGACGGACCGCAGAAGAGGAACCAGUCAUCACCCAUGGGUUCACCAUGACAACGGAAAUAUCCUUUAAGGAAGUGAUAGAAGCAAUCGCUGAGUGUGCAUUUAAGACUUCACCUUUUCCGAUCCUCCUUUCAUUUGAGAAUCAUGUGGAUUCCCCGAAGCAGCAGGCCAAGAUGGCCGAGUACUGCCGACUGAUCUUCGGAGAUGCCCUUCUCAUGGAGCCACUGGAAAAAUACCCCCUGGAAUCCGGAGUUCCUCUCCCAAGCCCUAUGGAUUUAAUGUACAAAAUUUUGGUGAAAAAUAAGAAGAAAUCACACAAGUCGUCAGAAGGAAGUGGCAAAAAGAAGCUCUCGGAACAAGCUUCCAACACGUACAGCGACUCUUCCAGCGUGUUCGAGCCCUCGUCGCCUGGAGCCGGAGAAGCUGAUACAGAGAGUGAUGACGAUGAUGAUGAUGAUGACUGUAAAAAGUCUUCAAUGGACGAGGGGACCGCAGGGAGCGAGGCCAUGGCCACGGAAGAGAUGUCUAACCUGGUGAACUACAUUCAGCCAGUCAAGUUCGAGUCAUUUGAAACUUCAAAAAAGAGAAAUAGAAGUUUCGAAAUGUCUUCCUUCGUGGAAACCAAAGGCCUUGAGCAGCUGACGAAGUCUCCGGUGGAAUUUGUGGAAUAUAACAAAAUGCAGCUUAGCAGGAUCUAUCCAAAAGGAACACGUGUCGACUCAUCCAACUAUAUGCCGCAGCUUUUCUGGAAUGCAGGCUGUCAGAUGGUUGCCCUGAAUUUCCAAACAGUGGACCUGGCUAUGCAGAUAAACAUGGGGAUGUAUGAAUACAAUGGGAAGAGUGGCUACAGACUGAAGCCAGAGUUCAUGAGGAGACCCGACAAGCAUUUUGAUCCGUUCACGGAAGGCAUCGUUGAUGGCAUAGUGGCCAACACUUUAUCUGUUAAGAUUAUUUCAGGCCAGUUUCUUUCUGAUAAGAAAGUCGGGACCUACGUGGAAGUGGAUAUGUUUGGCCUGCCUGUGGACACGAGGAGGAAAGCACUGAAGACCAAGACAUCGCAAGGAAAUGCUGUAAACCCGGUCUGGGAAGAAGAGCCCAUUGUGUUCAAAAAGGUGGUUCUUCCUUCCCUGGCCUGCCUGAGGAUAGCAGUUUAUGAAGAAGGAGGUAAAUUUAUUGGUCACAGGAUCUUGCCAGUGCAAGCAGUUCGGCCAGGCUAUCACUACAUCUGUCUGAGGAAUGAGAGGAACCAGCCGCUGAUGCUCCCAGCUCUCUUCGUCUACAUCGAGGUGAAAGACUAUGUCCCAGACACAUACGCAGAUGUGAUUGAAGCUUUGUCAAAUCCAAUUCGAUAUGUGAAUCUGAUGGAACAGAGAGCUAAGCAACUGGCGGCUUUGACACUGGAAGAUGAAGAAGAAGUAAAGAAAGAGGCUGAUCCUGGGGAAACACCUUCAGAGUCGCCGAGUGAAGCCAGGACGACUCCAGCAGAAAACGGAGUGAACCACACCACAUCCCUGGCACCCAAACCACCCUCCCAGGCUCUCCACAGCCAGCCUCCUCCAGGUUCUGUAAAGGCACCUGCCAAAACAGAAGAUCUUAUUCAAAGCGUUUUAACAGAAGUGGAAGCGCAGACUAUUGAAGAGCUGAAGCAACAGAAAUCAUUUGUAAAACUUCAAAAGAAGCACUACAAAGAAAUGAAAGACCUGGUUAAGAGACACCACAAGAAAACCACUGACCUUAUCAAAGAACACACUACAAAAUAUAAUGAAAUUCAGAAUGACUACUUAAGAAGGAGGGCAGCUUUGGAAAAGACAGCCAAAAAAGAUAGUAAGAAAAAAUCGGAGCCCAGCAGCCCUGACCACGGCUCGUCAGCCAUUGAGCAGGACCUUGCUGCCCUGGAUGCCGAAAUGACCCAAAAGUUAAUAGACUUGAAGGAUAAACAGCAACAGCAACUGCUUAAUCUUCGACAAGAACAGUAUUAUAGUGAAAAAUACCAGAAGCGAGAACAUAUUAAACUGCUUAUUCAGAAAUUGACGGAUGUCGCUGAAGAAUGUCAGAACAAUCAGUUAAAGAAGCUCAAAGAGAUCUGUGAGAAAGAAAAGAAGGAAUUAAAGAAGAAAAUGGAUAAAAAGAGGCAGGAGAAGAUAACAGAAGCUAAAUCUAAAGACAAAAGCCAGAUGGAAGAGGAGAAGACAGAGAUGAUCCGGUCAUACAUUCAGGAAGUGGUGCAGUACAUCAAGAGGUUAGAAGAGGCACAAAGUAAACGGCAAGAAAAACUCGUAGAGAAACACAAGGAGAUACGUCAGCAGAUCCUGGAUGAAAAGCCCAAGGGGGACGGUUCCUCCUCAUUCUUGUCGGAAAGUUGCCAUGAGGAUCCCUCUGUUUCCCCCAACUUUACUCCCCCCAACCCUCAAGCUCUCAAGUGGUGACCACCGUCCUUCCGGCCAGGCUGAGUCACGACUCCAGGAAAGGAAAGCUUGGGACUCCCUAAGGGAGAAGAUCCUUAUUAGUGAGGCAGAAAUCUUGAAAAAUGGAUAUUUCAAGAGAAGAAGGUAUUUCUCCAAAUUCCUUUUGCUUCUUUUACCACAUAAGCCAGAUCUGAGAGGCUAGAGGUUUACUAUAUACAUUCAACAAUGAGAGAACUCGGAAUAUGGCCAUAGAGGAAGAGGGAAGCCCCCUUUGCCAACCCCAGGAAAUGUGGGAAGAAGAAGGGGAGACAGAAUAGAGCGUGAAGUGAGAUUUGCGUGCAACUCUCUGGCUUCUACUCUUCGGGCCAAAAUCUGGAAGCUUCUCAACAGGACUCAUGACUCCCUGUGUCAUGUGAGACUUAGAAGGACAGGAAAGUGCCUGUGUACCAUAGGAACGGGAAGUGGUAGGUGCUAGGGGUCUGGUGGAAACCUAAGAACAAAACAAAGAAGCUUCCUCUGGUCAAGAGGACCGGACCAGGCACUCAAACAGUGGCUGCCAUUCAGUCACCCCAAAUGGCCAGCAGCCACUUCAUAGCAGAGACCUGUGAGGAUAUGGAGGGAAGCUUUGUAAGGCUUAGCCUACUAUCUUCUCUUCUCUCACUUCUCCCAGUUAUGGACACUGAGGUCCAUAAUUGACUCAGCCACCAUUUGGCGCAGCUAAAACUGGGAAGGACAUCCUUGAAAGACUGAACUUUACCCAAAGAGAGUGAUUCAUGCAAGAAACUUUUAAAAUCAGUACUGGAGGAUGUGGAAUUUUGAAGCAACUUAAGGAAAUAGUCUAUUUCCUUUAAUAGCUUGAAAGGCUAGGACAACUUCCCUUUCUGUCAUUGGAAAUGCAGCCCCAACACCUCCAGGGAGAGUGGUUUGGGGAAGUGUUUCUGCUGUGGCUUAAAUGACAAGCCUUUCGGGGGCAGGCGGCUCGGGGCUGUCUGUGGCAGGCACUGCCAGCCACUCAGAGUCAAUUGAAAAGGAAUGGGUCACCAGGGAGUUUUCUAACCUGAUUGCAGGUUUCCUGGACACUGUGUCCUCUCCUGACCCAACACCUGCUGUGACAGAGAAAUGUUUGUAAUGCGAUGAAUAACAAACAGUUUUGUAAAGGUUGGGUCACCGGGAGCAAAAGGCACACUCACUUAAGUGGAACCAGCCUUUUCCUGUUUUCUCUUAUAAUUUUUCUACCAAAGGCUUUGUCAGAGCCUUUAAACUCACAUUUAAGAAAGAGAAAUGUUUGCUGUUUCAUGGCUGAAGUUUGUGCUCAAUUCUGCUGAGCUAUCACCAGAAUCUGUUUUGUGGUUUUUUUUAAUGUCUGUUUUAUAUGUAAGGCUCAGGAUAUGCUUCCGUUAAGAUCAGUUCUAAAAUAAAAUAUUCCCAACAGAUAAACUAAUUGGACUGGCUGUCAACAGCACUUUGCUGGCGGUAUUUCCAUAGAUUUAGCCUACAGAAGUCUUCACGGGUGAAAUGUAUGCUUCUGCGUGUAGAGUCAACAAAGGUCCAUGUGACCUGAAAGUCCUCUCUAUGCCCUGAUAUGACCGUCAGAACUGGGGCUCAGCUGGGCAUUUUAGAAAAUUUUUUCUUCUCCUUUAAACUUUGUGCCUAACUAUAUUUUUGGCAUGUUGGUCCAUUUAAACGUAGUCACUUACAUCUCUACUAUUCCUCCAUUUUUAAGUUUUACCAUCAAACUAAAAUGUGAAAGGUGCUAGUAGGUGAUAUUUUACAAGAGCCCAAGAUGAUGGGUAAAGACAACUAGAGUGGCCAUCACUGCCACUGUUUUGUCCAGGAUCCGGGCCUUUACCAACAUUCUCUCUAAAAAUUAAAGCUAAGUUAAUUAGAAAACAUAGAGAUUACAUAGUGAGAAAUAUUUUAUCACCUAGAUUUCUAAUCUUGGAAUUAUAGUAUUCACUUAUCAAACAGAAUGGAAAAUUGGUUAGUUUUUUGUGAAAACUAACAGUGGUGGAUUUAAAAGUAGCACUACAUUCCUCUGUCUGCCCAUCCAUCCAUCAACCCAUCCAUGAUACAUACUUGCCUUAAAAUGUGUAUAUGAAGCCAGUGGUGGUUCUUAAUAGCAUAGUGUUAGUAAAAUUAUUAGAAUGCAAUAUGGAUGUUACCAGAGACGGAACCUGGCUCUGAGCUGGUCUUUUUAGGGCCAGCCUAUAGUGUGCGGGUUCUUCAUGUAGGAAAGGUUUUACAGCACAAGCCCAGGUGAUUAUGAGGGUAUGUUUCUUAAAGCUGGGGACAGUGAGACAAGGAAGGGCUUAGCACAGAGGAAGCAACGGAAGCCCUGACUGGUGUGGCUCAGUUGCCUGAGUGUCCUGCCAUUCGGGACACAUGCCUAGAAUCAGUUCAGUCCCACUCAGGGCACUUACAGGAGGCAAUGGACCGAUGUUUCUCUCUCACACCAGUGUUUUUCUCCUCUUUCUCUCUCCCUUCCCUUCUCUUCUCUCUAAAAAUAAAUAAAUCUAAAGAAAGAAGAACAAUAAGAAGCAACAAGACAGCCUAGUCUGGGCUGCUUUAGCUCACUGGGAAGUCAGAGGAAAGGGGCCAUGGGAAUAGGUUCGGGGUUAGCAUGGAAUGAGCUGCCUCUGCCCAUUACUCCCCUGGCUGUAGGUCUCUUGGGGUCCCUUAGAGUUUAGGAGAUGUGUGCCAAAAGAGAGGGAAGAAGAGGGGAAGGGAAUGGCGUGGUCUGCUCCUCAGAGGGAGAGUAUGUGCUGGGUCCUUUACUUGGGGUUUUUAUCUCUCCCUUGUAGGUGAGAAUCUUAGGGGACGUCUCAGGGGAGGGUUUCAGCUGGAUGUUCAUCAGUUUUCCAGGUGUGCCCUGUCAUAGUUGUGGUCUCCAGUGAUUGGUCAGUAGCAGGGCAGUGGGUUUUUUAGUCAUGGCAGCUGGUCCUGGUGCUGCCCACCUGGUUUUGCUCUUUUUCUGGGCCUGGAGUUGAAAUACAGCUGAGGCCUGGACAUUAUCUCUAGGGAGGUGACCUUCUGUAUCCGGCUGUAAAUUAUUCAGCUGGUUUGUUCAGCCCUCUGGCUCAGUUUCCCUACUCCACUUGUCCUGGCUUUCUGGCCUAUCUCAUAGGAGGGGGCCCCUGAAUAGACUUUCGUACUCUUUGAAUUUUGUACCAUGCACAUUACCUGUCUCUUAAAUUUGUUAACCCAUUAAUUUGGGGGCAAAACACAUGUUGAUAUUACUAGGCACAACCUUAUACCGUGACACUGGCAAACAGAUUCCCAAGCAAGCACACCCCCCAAUGUCUUGUUGCACAGCUAUCUCCACACCAGCUACUCAAGUACCUUGUCCAUUAUGUUAACUCAGUCGCCUUUGAUUCCAAAUCACAUGCCUUCCUUCUCUGUUGUGCACAUGGCAGGCAAAUGUAAUUUCCAUUCUAUUGCAUCAAUUUGUUCCAGUCUUCUUCUCUCCCUGUUCCUUUGUUUUCAGCUUCUAUUAAUUUAUACACAAGUAAAAGGGGGAGGGAAGCAUAUUAAUUGACAAAUUGAUUCCAUAACCCUGAGGGUUUUGUUCUCAUUACUUUCAGUGUCCAGGAAUGGCAUUUUCCCAGAUUUAUUCUUUCUUACUCACUAGAGAAUUUCCCCCCUGGACUUCUGACAUCUCAUGUUCAGACUAGUUAGUGCCUUGGUCUGCUGUUUGCAUUAGUCACACACAAAUGUGUUGAUGGGCCAUGAGCGUGUCAAAUUUAUAAUUGUCAAACAUGGGAUAAAAGAGCUAUUACCAACCCAGACAAACUAAAAUAGAGAAUUUAAAAAAAUUAUAUAGACAAUAAGAGAUGAACAGGGUUUUAAAAUAUGCCAAACUGACACCUUCACUUAGCAAAUGUGGAAAGAGGCCAGAGAGAUCCACUUACCGGUAGUAGUAGGACCAGUGAGUCUCCAGCCCUCUUGUUUGGUUCUCCCAGCCUCACCCCCAACCACCCUCUUCUCCCAACAUAUUCCAUAUUAGAGAAUUACAGUGCAACCAAUGGAAAGAAAUUACCUGUAACUAUUUGAAUAUUAAAAAACUAUCUGCUGAUUAUAAGAUGAUUGAGAACACGGAACUGAAAAGAAUUUCAUUAGGCACUGGAUGCAAUUUAAAUUUUAUAUAUGGACAGCA